AUGGCUAUGGCUAUGCUAGACAUGAUGCCAAGCUCUUGGUGUUGUGUUUAUUCCAGCACAUGGAACCUCUCGAUUGAAUCCGAUCAACGAUUACAGGAUGUUCGUAUACUGUACCUUGCUCUACUCGACCGGGAACACCGGCUCUUCCUCGACCAUGCAUCGUCCAUGCUCAGUCAGCCGCUAGCAAAUAGCAAAUACAUAACGAAUGACUGUACCGCAAUACUGGACGAUGCCUCAUCAGCUUCGAGGGUUACAACCAUAACGGGGUUGCUUCUGUCAGGCCCCCCUACAGCGCGAUCGGCCAGGUCCACUCUGUUUGAUCGUCAGGCAUUUGAAGAGCCGGCAACUCAUCUCUCAAGAGCCGCAGAUCAUCAUGUCAGCUACCAGAAUCUUCCAUCUUACAACGCUACCUACAGAGUACAGCAGAGUAGCUUACCAUAUGGAGAAGAGUUUCAAGAUAUAUCCUAA